AUGGAGAGGUACUUUGAAGGCCAAGGGGUGGUCGAAGAAGUAAUAAAGGUACGCACUGCAGCUCUCUAUCUUUCUGAUAAUGCUACUUUAUGGGUAAAGGAGUUCACUACUCUCACGCUUCAAAUCCCCAACUUAGCAUCAGAGGAUGCAUUGUUCUUCUUCAUUGAUGGACUCCAACCUUGGGCAAAGCAAGAACUACAAAGAAGGAAUGUUAAGGAUGUCGAUGAGGCCAUCGUGGUGGCCGAAUCACUCACUGAGUAUCAUAGGGGAGACUCUAAACCCAAGUUUUCCUCUAAUCCUAGUUCUGCUAAAUGUGGGGGAGACAAGGGGAAGAGUUUCUCAACCAAGAAGGAAGGAAAAUACUCUUCAAAGAAAGAGUACGAGGAAAAGAAGAAGGCUUUCGUACCUAAAGGAGGAUGCUUCGUGUGCAAGGGGCCACACCAAAUGAAGGACUGUCCCAAGUUAGGGACUCUGGCAUCUAUCGCCGAGGAACGAGAGGCCCAAACUCAAGUAACUGAGUGUGUUGGAUCCAUCCAACACAUAAAUGUUGUGAAGGGCAAAGAGGCAAGCACUGCAGAAAAGAAAGGCUUGAUGUAUGUCAAAGCCUUUAUCAAUGAAAAACCUAUCAUGGCUAUGAUCGACACUGGUGCUACACACAACUUCAUCACGCCUGAUGAAGCAAAGAGGCUUGGGUUGAAGAUCUUCAAAAAGAAUGGUUGGUUCAAACCCGUGAACACCAAGGGUGAACCCCUUAAGGGAGUAGCAAAAGGGGUUGAGAUGACUCUUGGUUCUUGGAAGGGCCUUGUAGAUUUCUCAGUAGCACCCAUGGAUGAUUUUAAAAUAGUCAUCGGGCUCGAUUUACAAAGGAAGGCAAAUAUAAUACCUAUGCCAUACUACGACGUAGUAUGCGUCAUGGAGAAAGGGUCUCCAUGCAUGGUCCCUACAUUCUCUAAAGUUGGAGGACCACCGAUACUCUCUGUUAUGCAACUCAAGAAAGGGUUCAAGAAGGGAGAGAUUACAUAUUUGGCUCUAUUACAAGAGGAGUCAACAUCUGAAAGAGAAGACGUUCCUCCCAAAAUCAAGGAAGUCCUUGAAGAAAAUAAGGAUGUGAUGCCUCCCGAGUUACCAAAACAACUACCACCUAGGAGGAAGGUGGACCACAAGAUUGAAUUGGAGUCAGGAGCAAAGCCGCCCGCCUCAACACCUUAUAGGAUGGCAUCGCCAGAACUUGCAGAGUUGAAGAAGCAACUCAAGGAUUUGCUAGAUGCUGGAUUCAUCCGUCCAUCGAAGGCACCUUAUGGCGCACCCGUCUUGUUCCAAAAGAAGCAUGAUGGUUCAUUGAGACUAUGCAUCGACUAUCGAGCACUGAACAAGGUAACCAUCAAGAACAAAUACCCCAUUCCUUUCAUAGCCAAUUUGUUUGAUCAACUUGGUAGAGCCAAGUGGUUUUCAAAGCUAGAUUUGAGGUCAGGAUAUCACCAAGUGAGAAUUGCUUAUGGUGAUGAGCCUAAGACCAUGUGUGUCACGAGGUAUGGAUCGUAUGAGUGGUUGGUAAUGCCUUUUGGUUUGACCAAUGCUCCUGCGACCUUUUGUACCUUGAUGAACGAGAUCUUUCGACCUUACCUUGAUCGGUUUGUAGUGGUCUACUUGGAUGACAUUGUUGUCUAUAGCAAUACUUUGGAGGAACAUGUAGAACACAUACGAACCAUGUUCAAGAUCUUGCGAGAGAAUAACCUAUAUGUGAAGAAGGAAAAGUGUUCCUUUGCAAGGGACGAAGUCCACUUCUUGGGUCACAUCAUUAAAGGUGAAACUCUCUGCAUGGAUCAAGGAAAGGUGAAGGCUAUCAAAGAGUGGGAGCCGCCAAACAAGGUAUCUGAAUUGAGGUCGUUCCUUGGGUUGGCCGAUGCAAGAAGGACAUCCUAUUGCCUUUGA